UUGCUGCUACCCAGAGUGAAAACUCCCAUCUCUGCGCUGGGCAACGUUCAUUGUCGAAGGAACGUCGAAGCGAGAGUAUUCACGUUUCUUCUCAUCGAACGUUGCUUACCGUUCGCUGCGAAAAAGGUAGAUUCGAGACAUCAUUCAAGCUUUGCUCCAUCAAUCUUCUGCACCAAAGAUGUUGUUCUUCGGAGUAUUGUCUCUUCUUUUCCUAGCCGUUUCUGGAGAAUACUGUUAUACUGACAUUGAAAGCGCCUGUAGCACCAAUCCUAAAAAUGGUGGAUUAAUAUCAAACUGUAAUGCCAAAUACGGAGCUAUCGAUACUCUUCAGGCUGAGCUGCAAGCAUAUGUAAAUGCUAAUAUUGAAACAAGUUUUGAAUUUCUUCUGAUGUCUACACAUUUCGGAAACUACGAAGCUAAUCGAGAAGGAUUUAAGGGACUUUACCGCAAACUUUCAGAUAAAUCGUGGGAAGAAGCGAUAGACUUGAUCAAAUAUAUUGCACAUCGUGGUGGCAGAAUGGAUCUCAAUCAGCUUCCACGUUCUAAGAAACCUAUCAAGGAUAGCAAAGUAUUAGAAUUAACUGAAUUGAAUAGUCUGGCUAAAGCACUUGACAGUCAGAAGCAACUUGCCGAAGAAGCGUUACGCAUUCACACUCAAUCACAGCAUCAUGCUAAACAGGAUGCGGCUGUUGCUCAUUAUAUCGAGGAACAUUUCAUGGACUCAUUGUCCGAACGUGUGAGACGGCUAGCAGGUUAUUCAAAUGACCUCAAAAAUAUGCUCGAAGAGCGUGAUGCAUCGCUUUCCGUAUUCCUAUUUGACGAGUAUCUUAAGAGCACUUUCUAAGGGGACCUGUCUACAGUUAUAUAUAUGUAACUUAGAAUACAUAUAUUUCAAUUAUGUUAUUACUAUUUUUGUCUUUAUAACUCUAAUGUUAGAUCUUUCAUAUGUAAAAUACAUGAAAUAAAUGCAUAUAGAAAUUUA